AUGGCCUGCAUCCUCUUUUCCGCCGUCACAGCUACACCAAUCUCUGAUACCGCCGCUGGCGCUGUGGCAUGGGCCGACCCUGAAAACUGUCAUCGAUUCUAUGAAUGUCCUGUGGGCGGAAAACCGGUUUUGAAGACUUGCGGACCCGGAACUGCGUUCCAGACGAAGACUAGCGUCUGUGACUACGAGUACCUGGUGGAAAGCUGCUGGCAUCACAAGUAG